UAUCACGCUUUUGGUGCAACCUCCUGGGUUCUGCCGUGCUUGUUGAAUACUUUAGACACGAUCGGCUUCGGCGCAGUUCAAGUCUGGGGCCGACCACGUACACAAUGCUGACUUUACAUCGACUAUAAACACUGUCCAGCUCUGCAGUUUGACUAUCUCUUAAACUCCCUUGACUUUGGCUCUUAUUUAACUCAAACUUGAUUACUCUAGCACCAAAGCUUGAUUGAUGCAUCCCUUCCUUCGAAUUUUCGCCUCGAUUUUUGGAACUCUAGGGGCUUAUGGACUGUUCUUGUUGGCCCAAUACUUCUACAGUGAAGCGACGUCUCCUUUGAACGCCCUGCCUGGUCCACCGAAUUCCAGUUGGAUUUAUGGAAAUUCGAAGGAGAUUCAAGAUGCUGAAACCUCUGUCACACAAGAGAAAUGGGUUGAAGAAUAUGGAACGACCUUGGCUUAUAAAUGGUUCCUCUCAAAACGUCUGUAUACGGUGGAUACCAAAGCUUUGAACCACAUCCUUAUGAGCGGUUAUGACUAUCAAAAGCCUGAAGCCUUGCGGAAGUGGAGUUUAAGAAACAUCGUGGGCUCAGGUAUACUCGUCCAGGAAGAAGACGAACACAGACGGCAGCGUAAAGUCAUGAACCCUGCUUUUGGCGGUGCCCAAAUACGUGAAUUGACUGAAAUAUUCGUCGAUGAAUCACUACAUCUGAGGGAUAUUUGGUCAUCUCAAAUGGGGACCGACAAUAAACCCGUCCGUGUUGAGGUUCAAUCAUGGCUCAGUAGAAUGACAUUGGACGUGAUAGGUCGAGCAGGUUUCAAUUAUCGAUUUAACGCCCUCGAUUCUACCGAACCCGAUGAGUUAAGCAAAGCAUUUUCUAUCAUCUUCGGAAUUUCCUCUCGCUUCACGUUCUGGAAUGUCUUACAAGGCCUUUUUCCUUUGCUACGGGUAGUUCCGUCGACCUCGGACUCUGUUAAGAAAGAAGCCCAGGUAACUAUGGAGCGUAUCGGCCGAGAUCUUCUCCGGCAAAGCAAAGCACACCUCGCUGCAACAGGAGAAAAAGGAGAUGGCUGGCGUGCAAGAGAUUUAUUAUCGUUGUUGGUCCGGUCUAACAUGAGCAAGGAUAUUCCUGAACAUCAGAGAAUGAGUGACGAGGACGUCAUUGCUCAGGUUCCGACAUUUCUAGUUGCAGGUCAUGAGACGACAUCGACGGCUGUAACAUGGGCACUGUAUGCUCUGACCCAAAACAAGGAGGUCCAACGUAGAUUGCGUGAAGAGCUCAUACAAGUCUCGACUGAAAGCCCAACCAUGGAUAUGCUCAACUCGCUACCGUAUCUCGAUGCUGUAGUUCGGGAGACUCUGCGUGUUUACUCGCCUGUCACUGGUACUUUGAGAGUUGCAAUGAAGGACGAUGUUAUACCGCUGGGUGUGCCAUUCACCGAUAAGAACGGUGAAGUGCAUAGUGAUAUUCGAGUCCGUAAAGGCGAUUCCUUCACCAUUCCCGUUUUGGCCGUGAACAGAUCCAAGGCAUUAUGGGGAGAGGAUGCUAGGGAGUUUAAACCUGAACGGUGGUUGACACCUGGUGGGGUUCCAAGCACUGUUUCAUCGAUCCCUGGAGUUUGGGGCAACAUGCUGUCCUUCUUAGGAGGAGCUCACGCCUGUAUUGGUUAUAGAUUUUCUCUGGUCGAAAUGAAAGCCCUGCUAUUUGUACUUAUCCGAGCCUUUGAGUUCGAACUUGCGGUAUCCCCAGAGGAUAUUGUCGGAAAGACAGGCAUCGUACGACGCACUCACUUGAAGAGUGAACCCGAGAAGGGAAGUCAACUUCCUCUCUGGGUCAAGCCAUAUGUACAAUCAUGAAGGACUCCGAGCCUUUGGGGCUGCCUUGGCGUAAAUUACUGACUACAAUUUGUUAACCUUUCGUUAUAACUGGACUUUCUAUAAGAAAUACCUUCCUUGAUUAUCUGGUUUCUCAAUACAAUGCCUUCUGACAUUAUCU